CGGUCGCGCUCGGUCGGCGCGGCGGGGCUCGAGCGGAUCAGUCAUUCCGGGCCGGCGAAGAGAUGCUGCGCGUCCGCUGCCUGCGCGGAGGGAGCCGGGGGGCCGAAGCCGUGCACUACAUCGGGUCCAGACUCACUCGAGUCUUCCCAGGAUGGGUGCAGCGAACUUACCAGAGCACCCACGCGGCUGCGGCCUCCCAGACGGCCUGCGCUGUUGCUGAUGACAAUCACAAGGCCCCAGACCCUGUUCCCGAAGAUUGCCCCGUCUGCUCCUACAACGAAUGGGACCCACUUGAGGAAGUCAUUGUGGGGAGAGCCGAAAAUGCCUGUGUUCCUCCUUUUUCUGUUGAGGUCAAGGCCAAUACCUAUGAGAAGUAUUGGGGAUUUUAUCAGAAGUAUGGAGGACAGAAUUUUCCUAUGGAACAUGUGAAGAAAGCUAUUGCUGAAAUUGAAGAGAUGUGCAAUAUUUUGAAAAUGGAAGGAGUGACUGUGAAGAGACCUGAACCCCUGGAUUGGUCAACCAGAUACAAAACACCAGACUUCGAAUCCACUGGAAUGUAUGCAGCGAUGCCAAGAGACAUUUUGCUGGUCAUUGGGAAUGAAAUAAUUGAAGCUCCGAUGGCUUGGCGUGCUCGUUUCUUCGAAUACAGAGCAUACAGGCCUAUCAUUAAAGAGUAUUUUCGCCAGGGAGCCAAAUGGACAACUGCACCGAAGCCCACGAUGGCCGAUGAACUUUAUGACCAGGACUACCCCAUCCGCACUGUGGAAGACCGGCAUAAGCUGGCAGCUCAGGGCAAAUUUGUCACAACCGAAUUUGAGCCAUGCUUUGAUGCCGCUGACUUCAUAAGGGCUGGAAGAGACAUCUUUGUUCAAAGAAGCCAGGUUACUAACUACUUGGGUAUCGAGUGGAUGCGAAGACAUCUUGCCCCAGAAUACAGAGUGCACACCAUCUCCUUUAAAGAUCCCAAUCCGAUGCACAUUGAUGCCACUUUUAACAUCAUUGGUCCAGGUCUUGUGCUAUCCAACCCAGACCGCCCAUGCAAUGAGAUUGAUCUCUUCAGGAAGGCUGGUUGGAUGGUGAUUCACCCUCCAUUGCCCCUCAUCCCUGACGACCACCCACUGUGGAUGUCCUCCAAGUGGCUGUCCAUGAAUGUCCUGAUGUUGGAUGAAAAACGUGUGAUGGUGGAUGCCAAUGAAGCUCCAAUCCAGAAGUUGUUUGAAAGCCUUGGCAUCUCGACCAUCAAAGUGAACAUCCGCCAUGCCAACUCCUUGGGAGGCGGCUUCCACUGCUGGACUUGUGACAUCCGUCGUCGUGGUACCCUGAAAUCUUACUUCAACUAGUGCAGAGGGAUGAUUUUUAUUUCUUUAGAACUUGCACAUGGUUUGGUUUGCAUGAAAUAGGGUAGGAUGACCGACUUUCCCCUGAAAAAGAGGGCAUGAAUGCAUGAGCUGGGGUGCUUGGAACGGUGGCCCUUCUCCCGCUUCACACAUUGUGGGUGGGUGAUCCAACAGAGACUGCUACUUGCAGGCAGCUCUGCCCAACUGUGGCUCCCUGGCGGGGGUGCCCACAUGAUGCAGAUGCUCACCUGUUCAAAUAAAUGUGUCUUAGGUGCACACCAGGCCGGUCCCCUACAGAGGAAAGAACAACCUCAAGAAUGCCAAACAGCAAAUACACUUUUGGUAGAAUCCCAGAGUAAAGUUCCACUGAGAUCAAUGGGAUCUAACUGCAGCUUAACUUAACCUGGAUCCAAUCCUUUCUAUAUAGGUUUUGCAUCUUAAAGCAUCUUAAGGGUACCACCAAUGACAAAAUGUGUGAAGCGGCUCUUACCCUGAUCAGGCCAAAGUUGCAACACUUCAUCAGCACACCGCGCAGGUCUUCUGGCUGGCUUUUUGAAAUACAUUCUCUACAUCAGAACCUCCUCUUUAUCUUCUCUCUCAGGAUGUACAAAACUUGACAGUUCAGGCUGCUGAACUUCAGCUGGUGACACCUAUACAUCUAUCUCUGUUUGAAAUUCUCUCAGAAAGGCAGCUAGAAACAUUGGACCUGAGUCAAACAUUAAUAUUUUCUUUCCAGUUGAUAGUAUUUGUGUGUAUGUGUGCUUGUGUGUGUGUGUACCACCCUUCUUAAAAGCAAAGAUAGGACUUCAAAAAGAUUUUACAUAGAUAUAGAUUUUUACAAAUUUUAAGUAUAAUGCUAUUUUAAUUAGUCUAACUUUUCAGCAAAAAAGGAGCGAAAUGCUUGCACCAUGCAACGAUGUGAAUGUAACAAGGUAUGGGGAGAAAUUAAUUUGGUUUGCAUUUUAAAUAAACAUAUCUAGUUUCACACUUCAAACCAAUAACCAAACUGAAACUGAAUUAUCCUUCUAUAUUUGCACUUUUCUGAAUUUUACAAUGGAGGUCUCCAAUUAGAAUGUGUAUCAUUUGAAACAGAUAAAUAAUAUAUUGGUGAAAGUAACAGACAUGUAUUACCAGUGUACUUAAAUGCUUAUGAAUUGUCAUGCAAACUAAACCAAAACCUUUCCUCAAGUGUUCAAGACAAACCAGAUUUGAAACUGGAGAAAUGGGAAACAGAACGAAACCGCAGUUGACAGCUUUGGCCAUCCUUAGCCGGACCGACACAAGGAUGGGCAACCCAUGGCCCUCCUCGAAGCUGCUGGUCUAGGGGACCUGUUGGGUGGGGCUGGUGGGAGCCAGAGAGCAGCAACACUGGGAAGGCUGUGAGUUCCCACCCUGUCUGUAGAGCAUAUAUGCAUGGCGAAGGAUGGAGAUUACAAGGAAGUCUUACUUCUGGGCUUGCUUGGCAUCACAGUGCUGGGUGUUGGUGGUGCUGGAAGAAAGGUCCUACCUGUGUUGGAAUUCAAGGGCAUAGCCUCUUCCUCCAACCAUGGACAACCAUCGGGUGGACCUUGGAAUGGGGAGUGCCCGUCAAGAGGAGAAAGCAUGAGCCAGGUUGUUCCUUGACUCCAGCUGCUGUAUCAGGGGAAGGCCACUUGUGACCACUCAGAUGUUUCAGCCUAUAACUCCCAGGACCCUUCAUGGUUCGCUGUGCUGGUAUGGGGUGAGGGAAGUUGUUGGCUGAAACAUUUGGAGACCUCCCCCAGCCUCUAUGUUCACAUCGAUGCGAUGCUUUAGAGAAAUGGUGCUUUAAAUCUCCCAGUGUCUCAGUGCUUAAUGUCCAUAUUACAAACUGAUUGAUGAGAUAGCUCUAGUCUGAGAAAUACUUUUAUCGAAUUGUGUAUGCUCUCACUGAGUAUUUUAUGCAUCCUUUUCUUUGCUUUUUGUGUUAAUUUCCUCCCAUGAGUGCUGACAUGAUAUUUUGGUUUUAUGAACUUGUUUACAUAAACGAAGAUUUCUUAUUAAUAAUAAUCUCUAGCAGAUAUGCAAAUGGUGGAAACUGAAUAAUCAACACCAUCCGCAGUGUAAAAUAAAUUUUUAAUACUGAGUUUCUCAACAUGUGUUUUUAUGCCAAUAAA